AGGAGGAGGGUAUUGUUUUCUGAGUCUCAACAGUAUAUAGAAACUUAUAGCACUCUGGAAAGUCAAUGCCUACCCUGUCUCUGCCCUGCUCAAGGUUACUGGAAUGUGGUCCCUGUUCAGCCUGAUAUCUUCCCAGAUGUCUAAGAAUUGGGAAAGUAAUUUCUCUGUCCAUGAGUUUUCCCACACCAAUCUGGAUAUUUCUAAAGUCACAACCCCUCACCCUAUAUCUUCAGGGUGGGAAUAGUAAAAAUGUUUCUGGUUGCCUUUCUUGAUAUCUUCUACCUCUUUCCCAUAAUUCUCCAAGGCAAAGAGAAUAGGAUUUUCUUCUACUUUACCUACUUCAUAGCCACCACCUUCCUUAUAUCAAUCUCUGGCUAAAUCCUUCAUACUGGACUAAGAUACCUUGUCUUCACUAUGGGAGAAACCCUAUCAUUUGGUCCACCAGGCCUAGCCUUGAUAUGUUGAACCAUAAACAAAUUUACAUUUUAUGUCUUGACAAUGACUUGAUUUGAAGCUUAAAAACUCGAUUUUUAAAAAUCCUGUAUUGAAUAUCAAAAGUUAAAUAGUAAAUAUUUCUUUUGUAUUUUUUAUACAAGAAUCCAAAUCCUCAGCAGACAGGUGCUUUGGAUUGACUAGGUUGUACACCCAGAAACUGACAUUAAUACACUUCUUGAAACAUUACCUUUUCUUAUUACACAAAUAUUCUAGCCAAUAAAUCUGAUCAUGCUAAUGUCCUAUUUAAAGCCUUUUAAUAAUUUCUCAUUCCCUUAAGAUAAAAUCAUUUUGGAGAUCUUCCUGACCAUCUAGUCUAGGUUAUAAACCUCGUGUGUGCUUCUACAAGCUCCCAUACUUCCUCUUUCUUAACACCCAUUCUACUUUUACUUUUUCAAUAUAUAUCUUUCUUUAUAAAUUUGAACCCCAAAUUUCCAACACAUAGCACAGUGUCCUGGACAUAGGUACUUAAUAAAUAUUUACAUGAGUUUUUAUUAAAUGCAUGUCUUAUUUCUUACUUGUAAAUCAGUAACUUGUUAUUCUAAUUUACACAGUUCCUUUUUUUGAGAUUUAUAAAUUUAAGACUACUCUAAAAAAUGAACCCACUGUUGGACUUACAAUACCAAUUUCUAGUCCUACAGAGCUAGGCUUUCGAACACAGAAAAUUCACCAGUAAGUACUCUCUUGUCAUAUCCUUUGACAGGUAAUAACUUACCCUCUCCUUGGGGACACCCCUACCUUAAAACAAUAAUUCCUUGAAACUUUGAAAACAUCCAUCUUCAUUAAUAAGUUCACAAUGAAGACUUUUCACUGUAAGAUGCCUAAUUAUCUUUCACAGGUAUUUAUGAAAUUUCAAUUGUUCCAAGAUUUUUCACAGGUUUAUUUUACUUUAAGCUGGUGCUUCCAUUUAUUGAAGCUUCAAUUAACUAGACUUCAUCAUGUUAUGGCUAAACGGAUGUGACUAAAAAGAGUAGCAUACAGACAUCUAUGUGUGAACUGUUACUUGUUGGUUAACAUUUAUGUUUGAAACGGAAAAUCAAUAAAAGGGAACUUACAUUACAAGCACAUUAAGAAAAGAGGGGACACUAUUUUUGAUCCCGAGAUAGCAACAAAACUAAAAACUAUUCCAAAGAAGCAAAUGGGAACAGAGGUCAAUAGGCUGUGACCUCUAUUUUAUUUUUAAAACGUUUGCACAUCCACUAAGUACACUGCAGAAUCUUAAAUGCAAUUAAUAGCAACGAGCAUACAAAUUUAGGGUAGCUUGAGGAAGCACAAGUCAAUCUUCAUUAGCUAUUGUAGCAAAUAUCCCUUCCAAAUCCAUGGGAGCAGGUGCUGUUUAUCCUCCCUUUAUUGACGCCCAGAACAAUGGCAUAGGGUGAGCAUUGAAUACUUAUUUGCUACAUGCAUGAAUGAAUGAAGCUACACGGCGAAGGCAGGUUGCGUGGCUGUUGGUCCCGUGGCUGCUGGCCCCGCCGCCUUUUCAGCAGGCUUGCCGCAUCUCCUCAUUCCCUCACCUUUCUGGCAAUAAGGAGUUCCACGUUUGCCCGGCCUCAGGGUCGGGGACGGGCAAAAUGCUGUGUCUAAACCCCCCCCCCCGCCCCACGCCUCAGGUAAUCCGCUCAUUUCUCACACAGACGCAGCUGUUUUCGAGGAAUGUCCGGCCGAGCCCGCAGGGUGCAGGCAGCGAGUAUCCUGGGACCUUCAGGGGAGGAGGUGGCUCCCACACCCCAAUACCAUACAGAGAGUCCGAAGAGUCCGGGCCCUUAUUUUUCCAAUUCUUGAUAAACAACCAAUAUGCUCGCCCUCGCCUCCCCGUGCAGAUGCCUCAGGGCCAACUCGGGCUUCGCCACGCACCAAGAGCAGACAGAAGACGCCAAAUGGCUAUAACUAGGAGAGAGGGAAAGGCAGCCGGGCGGCGUACAGCGCCCACCGUUCCCGCGCGCUUGGUCGCCCGACGCCUCACGGGCGAGGUUGCCUUGCUGGUGGCUCGAGGGCAGGUGGGGGCGCGUGCGCGCAGAAGGGCGGGGGAGGGGCCGCCGCGCGCCAGCAGGUGGGCGCGUUCUCCCUCGCGCGUGCGCGCGUCGUGCCCUCUCCCUCACGUUCCCCGCGCGCUGCGUCCCCUCCCCGCCGGGAGCGCGCGCCUCCAGUCCUCGCGCCAGGUCCUGCUCGGUCUCUUAGAGCCGCACACUCCCCGGAUCUUCUGCCACAGCCGUCGCCUUCGCGGCGGCUCUCCAGCCCGGCGCCUCAGCCUCGGCGCCGCAUCACCGCGUCCCAGACCUCCUUCCCUCCCUCUGCCACUCCCCCUCCCUUUCCCGCCCUUCUUGCCCACCCGGCCGGCAGAGAGAGCCUGGAUACGAAGCAGGCGGGCUUCAGAAGGGGGUUGGAAAAAUGGAGGUUCCGCGCCUGGAUCAUGCCCUCAACAGCCCCACCAGCCCCUGUGAGGAGGUGAUCAAAAACCUCAGCCUGGAGGCCAUUCAGCUGUGCGACCGGGACGGGAACAAAUCACAAGACAGCGGCAUAGCAGAGAUGGAAGAACUUCCUGUACCACAUAACAUCAAAAUAAGCAAUAUAACGUGUGACUCAUUCAAGAUUUCAUGGGAAAUGGAUUCAAAAUCAAAGGAUCGCAUUACACACUAUUUUAUUGACCUCAACAAAAAAGAGAACAAGAACUCCAAUAAAUUUAAACACAAGGAUGUUCCCACAAAAUUGGUGGCAAAAGCUGUUCCCUUGCCUAUGACUGUCCGUGGACACUGGUUUUUAAGUCCAAGAACUGAAUAUACGGUAGCAGUGCAGACUGCCUCAAAACAAGUUGAUGGUGAUUAUGUUGUGUCUGAAUGGAGUGAAAUUAUAGAAUUCUGCACAGCAGACUAUUCGAAAGUUCAUCUAACACAAUUGUUGGAGAAGGCUGAAGUGAUUGCAGGACGCAUGCUUAAGUUUUCUGUUUUUUAUCGUAAUCAGCACAAAGAAUAUUUUGACUAUGUUCGAGAACAUCAUGGGAAUGCUAUGCAGCCCUCUGUCAAGGAUAACAGUGGUAGCCAUGGCUCUCCUAUCAGUGGAAAACUAGAAGGCAUCUUCUUCAGCUGCAGCACUGAAUUCAAUACUGGAAAGCCACCCCAGGAUUCACCUUAUGGAAGAUACAGGUUUGAGAUUGCUGCAGAAAAACUUUUUAACCCCAACACUAACUUAUACUUUGGGGACUUCUACUGUAUGUACACUGCUUAUCAUUAUGUGAUUCUUGUUAUUGCUCCUGUGGGAUCACCAGGAGAUGAAUUUUGUAAGCAGCGCCUUCCUCAACUAAAUUCUAAGGAUAAUAAAUUUUUGACCUGUACAGAAGAAGAUGGGGUGCUGGUUUACCACCAUGCCCAGGAUGUCAUUUUAGAAGUCAUUUACACUGACCCUGUGGAUCUUUCUCUGGGCACCGUGGCAGAAAUCACUGGUCAUCAGCUCAUGAGUUUGUCUACUGCAAAUGCAAAGAAAGAUCCCAGCUGCAAAACCUGUAAUAUCAGUGUUGGACGUUAAUGCCCACUUUUCUUAUUCUUACUCAGCCCCUUUUCCUCCAUUAGGAGCAUUGGUCCUGUUGUCCAUUUUCAUCACCAGAUGUUUUCCACUGAAGCAUGCACAUGCCACUGUCACCAAAAACGAACUACCACUUUCCAAAUUCCAUUCAGAGCCAUUUUAGUGUUUUCCUAUUCCCUACCCCUCCCACUACUUUCAAUGAUGAAAUACCCUAAGUUCUCCUUCUGACACUUUAUUGCCUAGAUGCUGCAAUGUUUUUAUGUUUCCUUUAUGCCAAACAUAACAAAACAGUUAUAUAGACCGCUUUAGCAAAGUACACAAUAAUGGCUUAUAAGUGGUGUUUAAAUAUGCAUUCAUUUUAAUCUACUGAACAAAUAUUGGGAUAACUCCAAACCGCAUGAAAGGGUGUAAUUGCAGCAUGAGUUAAAUCUUGAAGCCUAGAAUUGUCAGCACUUCCAACUUCUUGUUUGACAGUGUUAUUUAUGUUAUUUAUAUUAGCUAACAGGAAACAACUACUGUGUUUCAACAUAAUAAAUAUAAUAGAAAAAUAUUUUAUUUGUAUUGUUGUAUAAAAUAUUUACAAUCAUAUAGAAUAUAUAGAGUUACAUUUUAAUAGCAAUUGUGUACAUGUCACGAAACCAUUUCCCUUAUCAAAGAUGUAAUUUGUAAACCUCAAAUAGUUGUGUAUCUGUCCUGUUACAAGUAGAUGACUUCAAUUAAACAAAUGUAUGAAGGACAUUAUUCUGAUUCAUAAAAGUUAUAAAAUAUUAGGUAAAUACAGAGAAAACAAUAAUCCUCUGAAAUAGUCUGUUUCUGAAAUAGUCAAUAGUCUUCCUAUCCAAACUAUAAGAAAAAUGUGAAUUUCUUCAACAUCAUACUUAAACGUUACAGAAAAUAGAAAUACAAACAAGGUUGGUACAUGAGAGAAAAUGUUGAUCUUUUACUUCCUUUUACAAAAAUGAAAAUAAUAAACAUGUUUUAGUAUAAAAUAACAUAAAAUAAUAUACACUAAAGUUGAUGAUGCAAAUAAAUAUUCUGGCUUCUUUUUCAAGGUAUCAGGGCAAUUUCCAAACCUUUCAUUUUGUACAGAAGGAAGAAUAACUACAGCUCAUGGGAAAUGUUUUGACUUUACAAAGUAUAGAUGUUGGAACAUUAAGAAAAAUGUAUAUUCCCAAUGAAAAAAUAGUUAUAUCAUCUUAUAGUAAACAAAAAGAUUAGCAAUAAUACUAUGGACAUAUUAGAUUAUAUACUGCAGACACAUAUCUAUCCAAAAUACCUAUUUUAAAUUUUUAAUACAAUAUUUUAUUUUAAUAUAAACAUCUGUCAGUUAUAGACAAAGAUAAUAAUUCACAAAGUACAUGCUAUCAGAAUGAACUUUGGUAACCAGAAAUGUAAAAUUUCAAAUAACAGAUAAAAUAAUGUGUUAUUUUUAUAGAGAAAUAAAAAAAAUAGCAGUAACACAAUCUAGGUUAUUUUAGGGUACUGAGAGCCUAGCAGACUUAAGGGACAAGGUAGUAAAUGUUUUAUCACUCAAAAAUCCAUUAGAAGUUUCAAAUAAAUUACUUUCUUGCUAGGUACAUUCCUUCCUACUUGAAAAGCAGAAUUUCUUUUCCUCCUCUGAUUGAGUUUUAAAAAUCAUGCUCUUUUCCAUACAUCAACAUAAACAAUCUUUGGAUACUAAAUAAACUUUCCCUAACAAGCAUCCUAGCUAUGUUAUUUAGAUUUGAUAAAAUAUUAGACAUUUUUUAAAAUACUUGUAUUGACUAUGAGUUUUCUGCUUGGCAUGGAGGACACUGAAUUUUUUCCCAAUUAUAUGGCUACCUGUUGUAUCCUUCCCCCCUUUUAAAUCCCUUCUCCUUGUAUAUAAUUAAACUUGCUAUUCCUUCUUGAAAACAGCUAAUACUACCACUAA